CUCGUCAACUGUCUGUACUGACAAGAGUAAGACAUCAGAUAACUGCACAAAUAUGGAAGAAGAAAGCAAGAGAAAAUUAAAGGAGCGAUGCGCCCUGAGGCAGGAUAUCAUCAAAGAGUUCUUGGCGGAGUUUUUGGGAAUAUUUGUAUUAAUACUCUUCGGGUGUGGCUCAGUGGCCCAGACGGUGCUCAGUAAGGGGGCUCUGGGAGAGCCCCUCACCAUCCACAUCGGCUUCACUCUGGGCGUGAUGAUGGCUGUCUACGUUGCUGGGGGAGUGUCAGGAGCCCAUGUCAACCCUGCUGUCUCUCUGGCUAUGGUGAUCCUGGGUAAGCUGCCCAUCAGGAAGUUCCCAGUCUAUGUGGUGGCACAGUUUCUGGGAGCCUUCGCUGGAUCCUGUGCAGUCUAUGGGCUGUACUAUGAUGCUCUCAUGGUCUACACAGAUGGAGUUCUGUUAGUUACUGGGCCAAAUGCUACAGCUAAAAUAUUUGCAUCCUACCCUGCGCCACACCUCUCAGUCCUCAACGGAUUCGUAGAUCAGGUCAUCGCAACAGGUGCCUUGAUCCUGUGCAUCCUAGCCAUCACCGAUGGGAAGAACAUCGGUGCUCCCAAAGGGAUGGAGCCCCUCUGCAUCGGUCUGAUCAUCAUGGCCAUCGGAGUGUCCAUGGGCCUGAACUGUGGCUACCCCAUAAACCCUGCUCGUGACCUGGCCCCGAGACUGUUCACUGCCGUGGCUGGCUGGGGCAUGGAAGUGUUCAGUGCUGGAGGCUGCUGGUGGUGGAUUCCGGUGGCUGGGCCCAUGGUGGGAGGCCUGGUAGGAGCUGCCAUCUACUUCCUCUUCAUAGAGCUGCACCACCCUGAGCCCGAGAAACAGGAGGAGAACAACGUCAAGGACAAAUAUGAGAUGAUCACCAUGAGUUAAACAGGAGCGACAGGGCAUCCUAACUCUCUUUACCCUCAGCAAGCAAAAUGUCUGCCUCAAUGAGAGUUUAUUUUUUAUUCUCAGUCCUAAUUUAAAAAAGGUUUACCUUAUACUCUCAUAACAGUGUAUAUCUGGAGAUUUAUAUCCCAAAAGUUUCUAUGACAAAAUUGUGAGACAUUUUUGGUAGUACUUCACCUGAAGGGAGUGAAGUUUCAAAGCAUUCAUGGCACAUUCAUGAAAUCACUCAAUGUUCUAGGAAAACUAUCACUCAUUACAACAUUUAUAUCAAAAAUGAAAUAUGGGCUUCAACAUGCAUCAUUAAUGUUAGAAGCAGGGAAGUGAAAAACCUUUCACAUACAUUUUGAAAAUUAUUUUCAUUUUGAAUUCAUGCCGAAUGAAUGUGCCAUGCAUGGAGGUGUGAAUUAUAUUUCCACACAUAUGAAGAUGUAAAGAAUGCUUAGAAAAUUGUCCUGUCACUUAAAUUAAUGUUUCUGUAUGUUUGCCAAACAAUCUACAGUACAAAAAAUAAAUCCCUGUGAUCCUGUGAUGAAUAGGCUACAGUCCGAAAUUAAAUUCUAAAUCUUUAUCAAAGGGACCUGAGUUCCCCCAGUCUCAGUGCACUUCCACUGACACCAUAAGAUCAACACCUGACACGGACUACAUUUUAUUCUGUAAGGGUUAGGACUGUGUGCACUGAUUUUAAAGUUCAUGAGAUUUGUGUGGAAAGUUUACCAAGUUUUUAUCCAAUUGUCUUAUUUCCUAGCUGUCAGGCAGUCAGAAGUAGUAACGUAAGUUGUUGAGAAACUUAGAAAAAAAAGCCACAGCGAUGUCAGGGAUGGUACAGAGUAAGCGUGGAUAUUUUUAGUUGUUGGCUAGGUUACUGGUAUGUUCUCUGGAUUGUGUUCCCCUCUUAUGCCUCACUUCAUCCCUGCAUUUGUCACAGUUGUGUGAUUUCGCUCUGCCUGCGACACAGGACUUCAUCCCUGCAUGUGCACCAGAACACACACAUCUCUGUGUCUUGCUCUCUAACGCUCAGUCUUGUUUCUCUUCUGUAGUUUUUAUAUUUCCACAUAGAAUGCAGAAAAAUACAGCCUUAAUCGGUGUGAAAUGAGCCACACACUGGUCUGUUUGAAGUCUCUCUGAGCGUAGAGCUGUGUGUCGUGACAAGUGCUGCUUCUAAAUUAUUGUAAUCUACUUUUGUUUCCUCUUAUAUAAUGUUUGAGUUGUCUUGGAAAAUGUCACAUCACGCAAAUUGUGUCAGAAUGGCAUGAAAAGCAGAAACGUUUAAUAGCUAGCCACCCUGCAUGAAACUAUAUACAUGACAUGAUGAUUCCACUGAGAGAUUAGUUUACUCCAGCGAUCCUAGGCCAAAUAGGAAACUUUCUUUACAAAUGACACUGUUUGAUAGUAAGGGACGACACUUCCUUAAUAUUUUUCAUUAUUGAUACAUAUUUUUACAUGGUACAGCAAACUCCCAGAUAGGGCUUUGUCAAGUAGCAAUAACAUUAGCUCAUCUCUUGAACCUGGUGAAAGGGACUUUAUGCAGCUAAGACUAAUUAAAAAAGUUAUUACAUAAUUUAUAGUUUUACUACUAACUGUGAUACCUAUACCCUUAAUUUGACAGACAUCAUUAUAUUAAAUAAUAAAUCAGUGUGCAAAAAUUCAAUGUCCAUAAUUAUAAGGAAAUUGUGGAAACACUAUUAAUGAGAUGAUACUACCGACCCUGGUCAUUGCAUUGUGAUCUUAUUGUAACACACAACUGUACAUUAUGUGAUCUUUACGUGGCUUACCUGUGAACCAGAAAUAUAAUGCAGGCAGAAAAAUAAAGCCUUUGAAGUAUUAAUUUGUAUUCCCAUUCAAAUGCAUCAUCGUUUUUGUAGUGGUUUACUUUCCUAUAUGUCUAGUCCUAGCAUUUGCAAAAAUGUGUUUGUAGUUGUCUCUGAACUUUCACUGACACAUGUAUUUCUCUGAUUCUACUUCUGCUAACACAAUAUUUUCCUUUUAAGUGCUAAACAUACUUGUUUGUAAAAGUAAUUUUGACAUUUCUAUACCGUACUUGUACUGUAGAUUUUACAAAAAUAAAUACUUGUUGUGGA